AGAUGUACUAUGUCGGCUACUUCCGGGACGCAAACGACCCGUCGACCUGCAACACAGACACUAUCGGAAGAACGGGUUUGACCAUCCAGCCGCCAUGACCGUAUGUGGCUACGUAGAUGACACAUUGAAGAAUAGGGAGCGACUGGAUAAACCAGGCUGCCUGCAAAUGUUCUGGUACGGCGAGCCGCAAUGGGUCGGUUGCCAAUUCGAAAACGGCGAAGCCAUCGAGGACACAUGCGUCAGGCAGCACCCGUUGGUACGGCAAAGGUUCUGCGCUUCGCCCAUUAACAAGUAGAUGGGGUAAGCCCAAGUUGGUAACUGACGAGCUCGGGGCUUACAGGUUGAUUUGGUUGUGUUUGUGUUUUCCUUUUUCCAUAGCUGAGCGUUUGAUUGAUUG